UCACCCCAGUUUUGUUUUAGAGAGAGUGACGAGACGCGCCGCCGGAGCAGCAGCUCGAUCGCAUCGUCCGAUGGCGGGCGAGCGCAACAACAUGCACGUGCUCUCGGCGCUGGACGGCGCCAAGACGCAGUGGUACCACUUCACGGCGAUCAUCGUCGCCGGCAUGGGCUUCUUCACCGACGCCUACGACCUCUUCUGCAUCUCCCUCGUCACCAAGCUGCUGGGGCGCAUCUACUACACCGUCGACGCCUCUCCCAACCCCGGCAGCCUGCCGCCGAACGUCUCCGCGGCCGUGAACGGCGUGGCCUUCGUCGGCACGCUGUCCGGGCAGCUCUUCUUCGGGUGGCUCGGCGACAAGGUCGGCCGGAAGAGCGUCUACGGCGUCACGCUGCUGCUGAUGAUCGUCUGUUCCAUCGCGUCGGGGCUGUCGUUCGGCCACUCGCCGACGGGUGUCAUGGCCACGCUCUGCUUCUUCCGCUUCUGGCUCGGCUUCGGCAUCGGCGGCGACUACCCGCUGUCCGCCACCAUCAUGUCCGAGUACGCCAACAAGAAGACACGCGGCGCCUUCAUCGCCGCCGUGUUCGCCAUGCAGGGGUUCGGCAUCCUCGCCGGCGGUGCGGUCGCGAUCGGCAUAACCGCGAUCUUCAAGAGCCAGUUCCCCGCGCCCCCGUACGCCGUCGAGCCCUUGGCGUCCACCCCGCCGCAGGCGGACCUGGUGUGGCGCAUCAUCCUCAUGUUCGGCGCGGUGCCCGCGGCGCUGACCUUCUACUGGCGGAUGAAGAUGCCGGAGACGGCGCGGUACACGGCGCUGGUCGCGAGGAACGCCGAGCGCGCCGCGGCGGACAUGUCCAAGGUGCUCCACGUGGAGAUUGCCAAGGAGCAGGCCGAGGUGGCGGCGCCGGCGGCGACCGGCGGCUGCCCCAAGUGCAGCCGGCCGUUCGGGCUCUUCUCCUGGGAGUUCGCGAGGCGGCACGGGGCCCACCUGGUGGGCACGGCGUCGACGUGGCUCCUCCUGGACAUCGCCUACUACUCGCAGAACCUGUUCCAGAAGGACAUCUUCAGCGCGGUGGGGUGGAUCCCGGCGGCGCGGACGAUGAGCGCGCUGGACGAGCUGUUCCACAUCGCGCGCGCCCAGACGCUGAUCGCGCUGUGCGGGACGGUGCCGGGGUACUGGUUCACGGUGGCGUUCAUCGACGUGCUGGGUCGGUUCAAGAUCCAGCUGGCCGGGUUCCUGAUGAUGGCGGCGUUCAUGUUCGGGCUGGCGGCGCCGUACGAGCACUGGAGGAGCCCCGGGAACCAGACUGGGUUCGUGGUGAUGUACGCCUUCACCUUCUUCUUCGCCAACUUCGGGCCCAACGCGACGACGUUCAUCGUGCCGGCGGAGAUCUACCCGGCGCGGCUCCGUGCGACGUGCCACGGCAUCUCGGCGGCGUCGGGGAAGGUGGGCGCCAUCAUCGGGUCCUUCGGGUUCCUGUACCUGGCGCAGAGCCCGGACCCGGCCAAGACGGCGCACGGGUACCCGCCCGGCAUCGGCGUCCGCAUGUCGCUGUUCGCGCUCGCCGGGUGCAGCCUCCUGGGGUUCUUGCUCACGUUCCUGGUGCCGGAGCCCAAGGGGAAGUCGCUCGAGGAGAUGUCGCGCGAGAACGAGCCAGGCGCCGCCGAACCAGCCUCGCCGCUGGAUGCGUGUUAGAGCGGGUGAUUUUGGGUUAGUUGGUGCGUGCGUUUUGCCAUCGAGACGUGGCAGUCGUUUGAGUUGUAGUAGUAGAGAGCUAGGAAUUCAGUAGUCGUGUCGCAUGACUGGAAUAAAGUUGUGUGAGUUGAAUGGGGCGUUGAGAUGGAUGGAUGAGUCUGCCAACAAACCCGGAGGAUGCGGAGGAGUUAGUUGUUUGCCCGCGCGCGCGCCACGGUCUUCAGGAAUUUGCGGAUCUCCGGUUCCGCGCUGCAGGCCCAUUGGCCCAAGGACCGGAGGAACUCCGGCCUCUUUUUUCCGUGGGCUUCCAGUUGCAGCAAACUGCUGCUGGUGCCAUGCGCCAACAGAAAGAAGUCUGGCUGGCCCAUCUAACGCUGAACUCAUGCUUGUGAUUUGCUGCUGAUUACUCUUUAUCCUGGCGGAGCGGCGGUUGCCGCUGCUCCACUCUGAUUUCAUCACGCUUUUGAUUUGAGAAGGCACAGUAUGCCAACAUAAUCAGUACUGAAACAGUAAUGCAGUAACAGCAAGUCAAGGCGCCUACUGUUGAUGCAAUGCAGCUCGAACGAUAUGUACAGGGCCAGUAAUCCAUGUUUCCGAACUGCCGAAGUCUAAAUGCGGGUCCGUUUCCUCUCAGCUAGUCUCGGGCUUUUACGGUUCUGAGCCUGUGUAAA